CUAAGUUGAUAAUUUGAACUACAAACUUGAGCAAAAACUGCAAUGGCACUACAUCUCUCUAGUUUUCCCAUGCCUCAUUUACAGGUCCAGGUACAUAAUCUUCACAGACCUAGAUACCAUCCACAAAGAGCACAGGAUGGCGCUUCGAUGAGUCGAAAAGUUACGUGUUGCGUGACAGCGACUACACAAACUUCCCGUGGUAGAUCUGCAAAUUACCAGCCAACCAUUUGGGAUUACAAUUUUGUGCAGUCUCUACGGACUGAAGAUGUGGAUGAAGAAUGCGAGAACAAGGCAAAGAAGCUGGAGGAGGAGGUGAGGCGUAUGAUGAACAAUGAAAAUGCAGAAUUGUUGAGCAUUCUUGAAUUGAUUGACGACAUUCAGCGACUAGGUUUAGGAUACCGGUUCCAUGAGGACAUAAAGAUAGCUCUUGACAGAAUUAGUAUGUCUUGGGAAGAAUAUGAUGAUGAUGCCAAAGCAGAAAACAAACUCCAUUCCACUGCUCUAAGAUUCAGGCUCCUUAGACAAAAUGGUUGUCAUAUUUCUCAAGAUAUUUUCAAGAUUUUCAUCGACCAAGAAGGCAAUUACAUGGAAUACUUGAAAAAGGAUGUCAAAGGGUUACUAAGUUUGUAUGAAGCCUCAUAUCUUGCAUUUGAAGGAGAAAAACUCUUGGAUGAGGCCAAAACCUUCUCACUAACACAUCUCACUCAAUUAAAUAGAAAAAUUGACCCAAUCAUAUCAGAUCUUGUUACACAUGCUUUAGAGAAUCCGUUGCAUCAAAGAUUGCAAAGGCUGGAAGCUCGGUGGUAUAUUGAAGUCUACAGUAAAAGAAAUGAUGCAAAUCAUUCCCUACUUGAACUUGCCCGGCUUGAUUUUAACAGGGUGCAAUUAAUAUACAAAAAAGAUCUUAAAGAUUUAUCAAGGUGGUGGAAAGAGAUUGAUCUAGCAAGCAAAGUGAAAUUUGCUAGAGACAGGUUGAUGGAAUGCUUUUUUUGGACAAUUGGAAUGAUCCCAGAUCCACAAUUUAAUAAUUGUCGUAAGGGACUUACGAAAGUAGUUUCACUUAUAACAAUCCUGGAUGAUGUCUAUGAUUUACAUGGUUCUUUAGAUGAAUUGAAGCUAUUUACAAAUGCGGUUGAAAGAUGGGAUAUCAAUUGUGUGAAUCAACUACCAAACUAUAUGAAAUUAUGCUUCCUAGCACUCUACAACAGUGUUAAUGAGAUGGGUUAUGACACUCUAAAAGAACAAGGAGUGAACAUUAUUCCAUCCCUUACGAAAGCGUGGCUAGACUUGUGCAAAGCAUUUUUAGAAGAAGCAAAAUGGAGUUAUAAUAAAUACACACCAACAUUUGAGGAAUAUCUACACUACGCAUGGCUAUCAUCAUCGGGGACACUUCUUUUGGUUCAUUCCUACUUUUUAUUUAAUCAAGGUAUCACCGAUGAAGCGCUCGACUCUUUAGAAAAGUAUCAUAAUCUGUGUCGCAGGCCAUCUGUUAUUUUUCGACUUUACAAUGAUUUAAGUACUUUCAAGGCUGAGGAAGAAAGAGGUGAAACCGCAAGUUCAAUAUUAUGCUAUAUGCAAGAAAGAGGUUUAUCAGAGGAAAUUGCUCGUGAAGAUAUAAAGAAACUUAUUGAGAAAAACUGGAGACAAAUGAAUAAGGAGGUGAGUGAAAAGCAUCCAUUUUCACAAGCUUUUGUAGAAACAGUUAUUCAUCUUGCUCGGACAGCCCAUUGCACAUACCAAAAUGGAGAUGGACAUGGACAUCCAGAUGCUAGAAUUAAGAAAAGAAUCCUAUCGGUAAUAAUUGAUCCCAUUUAAAUCAGUAAUAAUGGAGAUGGGCAUGGAAAACCUAAUUUUCCAUUUCGGGUAUUACAUAUCAUAUCAUAUUGUAUGAGACGUCAUUUUAAAAAUCAUAAUAAAAUAAUAAAAAAUUCUAAUUGUC